AUGCCGUCUCCUCUUGCAGACCCCGUUAAGCUUCCAUGCGGUCUAGUACUGCCCAAUCGACUCAGCAAGGCUGCAAUGGCCGAGUUGAUGGCCAAGAACAACCAUCCGACAAAUACUCUUGCCGAUGCCUAUGAACAAUGGUCGGACGGUGGAUGGGGAAGUAUUCUCACAGGAAACGUCCAAGUCGACGUAAACCACAUGGGCAGUCCUUUCGACCCAGCCUUGCACAGCGAAUACAAGAGCCCAGAUAGCAAUGCCGACCUCGUUGCUCAAUGGAAAAAAUAUGCCGACGCCUGCCAAAAGCACGGUACCCCGGCCAUCGCGCAGAUCUGUCACCCAGGUCGGCAAUCAUUCCGCGGCGCAGGCCACAGAGGCCUGUUUGCGCAGACAUUAGCGCCCAGCGCGGUGUCUAUCAAGCUUGGAGAUGGCUAUCUCGAGCGGCUGCUAGCCUGUUUGGCCUGGACGUCACCCAAGGAAAUGACAUCCCAAGAUGUCGAGCGUGUCAUCGCCCAAUUCGUUGAUACCGCUCGACUCAUGGCCGACGCCGGUUUCUCGGGCAUCGAACUGCACGGUGCUCACGGAUAUCUGAUUGAUCAAUUCCUCAGCGGAAAGACAAACCUCCGAACAGAUGACUACGGCGGCACACCCGAGAAGCGUGCACGCUUCGUCCUAGAAAUCCUAUCCCAAACUCGCAAAGUCGUGCCUGCGACCUUCUGCAUAGGCAUCAAGCUUAACUCCGCAGAUCACGACUCCGCAACCUUCGAAGAAACAAUGACUCAGAUCGCGCUUCUCGCUGACGCCGGUAUCGACUUCAUGGAAAUUUCCGGCGGAACGUACGAAGACCCCUCGAUGAUGGGGUACGCCAAAGCGCCCCGGAAAUCCGAGCGCACAGCCGCGCGCGAAGCCUUCUUCCUCGAAUUCUCGAAGGAAGUUCGAUCCCGGCAUCCUGGGUUGGUGCUCAUGUUGACAGGUGGCUUCCGCACGCGCGCUGGUGCAGAGGCUGCUAUUCGAGAUGGUGCUUGUGAUCUCGUGGGAAUUGGGAGACCUGCAGCUGUGAAUCCGAAGUUCCCGCGCCUGUUGCUUGAUGAGGGUGUGAAGGAUUCGGAGGCGCAGUUGCCAUUGAAUAAGGCGCCUGUGCCGUGGUAUACGCGCUUCUUGCCGGCGAACUUGAUCGGGGCGGGGGCUGAGAGUACUUAUUAUGCGACACAGAUUCAGCGCCUGGCUAAAGGGCUUGUUACACUUGCACCGCCAUUGUAG